CAUGCUCAAAAAAAGUUUUUGUAGUACCGGGAAAGGAAAUUCUAGGCGUUUAAAGCACAAUAUGUACUUAAUCUUAGGUUUUCUGAUUGUAAUUGCGAUUCUGUCCCUCGUUUUGAAUGUCAGUUCCCUGGACAAAGCCACCGUUGUGAAGCUGCGUAAGUUCGUGAAUUGCGAGGACAAGAGUUACAAGUCGAGCAAGGGGAUAUAUCGCGACUACUGGGUGCUGGAGAACUAUAUAAUGGCAGAUCACGGUCCUUUAUCGUGCUUCGCAAAUGUGACCUACACCAGUCACGCAGACUACACGUAUCUGGAUAAUGUGGUGCCUCUGCUGGAACGCUGGCGAUCGCCCCUCAGCCUGGCCAUAUAUGCCCCCGGCUCCGAUUUCAUCCCCACUCUGGAGAGCAUCCUGUACUUGCUGCAGUGCCAUCCCGGCAGGGAAUUGGUUCGCGAGCUGACCAGCUUCCACCUGUACUUCAACGUGCAGCACCUGCCCCAGGUGGUGCCCUCGCCCAAAAUGGCUCUGAAAAGGAAGGCCAACUGCAACGCCCCACCGCCUUAUGUGAAUGUGGCCAAGAAGACCUUGUACAAGUCUCGCACAAAGCUGGAUUAUCCCGUCAAUAUGGGACGCAAUAUUGCGCGCAAGGCUUCGCUGACCCAUUUUGUCCUGGCCUCGGACAUCGAACUAUAUCCCUCGCCAGGAUUGGUGCCCGCCUACUUGCGUUUCUUGAGCCGACGUGUAAUUGGAAGGCCGGGGCAGCAGCCCACAUCGCCGGUGGUGCAUGUGCUGCGUAUUUUUGAGGUGAUGUCCAACGUUUCCGUGCCGAACACCAAGACGGAGUUGCAAAAGCUGUUGAAAUCGAACGAAGCUAUUCCGUUUCACAUGGAAAUCUGUGCGGUGUGCCACAGAGGACCGAAGCUGGACGAGUGGGUGAAUGCCACCGAGGUCUCCGCCGAUCUGAGCGUCUUCAAUGUGGGUCAUCGCUCGGAAUCGGACAAUAUGUGGGAGCCGGUCUUCAUAGGCACCGUCGAGGAUCCGCCGUACGACGAGCGGUUGAGCUGGGAGGGCCAGAGGGACAAGAUGACGCAGGCGUACGCCAUGUGCGUCCUGGACUACGAGUUUCACAUCCUGGACAACUCCUUUCUGGUCCACAAGCCGGGCAUCAAACAACCCGAUAAGAGCAAAUCAAUUUUCCCACAGACCCGCCGCACCAACGACGCACUCAUCAAUAAAAAGAUCUCCCGGGAGCUGCGCAUCAUGUACGGUUCUCGAGCGGGUUGUGUCCUUUAGAAGUGCAAUGUGUAUUAUUCUAAAUUCGAUGUUUAUUUAUAUGUAUGUCAAAUUUGGCUAUUAUGUUAACAAAAAUAAUUUUUUUUGUUACAUUUUUAAAUUUUCUAUAAUAAAAGAUUUAAGA